UGGUCCUAUGAUUUUUUUCCCCUUUCCCCCUCACUUCCCCUUUUUUGGGAGGAGGUGUUUGCCACAGAGGGGAGGGGAGGAAGGCUGGGAAUGACAGAAGAUGGGUUUAAUACCUCAGCUGCCUAUAAAGGGCCGGGUCAGUGGGGUUCCUGGGACAGUCAGAGCAGCAGCACCAAGAGGCUCAGGGCAGAAGGAGGGACUGCUGGGAAGCAGCCCUUUAUGGCCAGAGAGAGAUCCAGGCAGAAGAGGACCAGGGGCCACCAUCCCAACUACCUCCAUUUGGGGGCGACAGAGACAAAUUACCAAGAAUCUCCAACAGCAUCCAAAUAGGAGCAGAAAUACCUCCUUCAGUCAUUAGGGGGUGACAAAAGGGACCCCAAACCAAAGUUUCUAAACUUCACCCAGAUUUUCAACUCCAGUAGCCAUGAGUCUUUCUUUGGCCAGCAGACUCUUUGUAAUUUCGGCUGUCUUCGUCCACAUUGCUUCUUCUGAUCCUGAGCUUUCUGUCAACAACCUCAUUAGCCGGACCUACCAACUGGUCCAAUACAUGAAAGAAAACACCACCGUCCUUCUCAACACCUAUCGAAGUCACCAAGGGAGCCCAUUUAGUGAUCCCGGUUUCAACGAUUCAAGGACACGCUUCAAAGAAGUGCCAUUGCCCUUCAGCAUUUACCUGGAAUGGAGGAAUCUUUCUGACAUAAAGCGUCUGGAGGAGAACCGUCAAGCUUACCGUGCCUACUCAAGGUUAAUGAAGGUGGUCUGGGAUGACCAGUCUGACUUGAACCCUGGCGAAGGGGAACUGCUGGAAAUGCUGAAACUGACCCAGCGACGCAUCCAAGGCCUGCUCAGCAAUUUGACCUCCAUCAUUUCCACCUUGGGUGGACCAUCAGUCCCUGUUAGGGACCCACCCAUGCCGAACUUGGUCGAAAACGACAUCUUUAAGAAGAAGCAACUGGGAUACGUUGUGUGCUUCUGGUACAAAGAGUGGGUGGAGAGGACGCUGCGGGACUUCGUCAUCCUUACAGGGAAAUAUCCAAGUUAA